AUGGAAAUAUUUGCUGACAGUGACCCCAGGUCAACCAACCCAACUGAUGUUUACCCAUCCGCCAUGUGUCUCAGACGUGUCUCAGGUGGUUGCUUUUCUAUUCGGCCUCGGUGUCGCGACGAGACUCAAAAAAACUUGGGUGCUGGCCCACUCUAUGUGGGCGUGGCGGCGGCUGGGGAGGUGCAAGGCCCCUACCGGCGAGUGCUGGAGAAGAAGCCGAUGAUGGGGACAGCUGACGGGAGUCCACAGGUGGUGGGCGCGGGUUCUUUCAAGAUGAUCAAGGGCUUUGAUGAUCUGAAGUUCGAUGAUGAGGCUGGAAUAGGGCGGCGCCUCUUAGGGCUCUGGAAUCGCAUCACGCGCGGCCACAACGGAGUCAUCGGUUCCAGCAUUGCCUUGAUGGCGAGUGUCGAUGGCUUCUCCUGGUCGGUGAUUGAUGCCGAUUUUUUGGCGCCCACUCUUCAACCUGGCAGCUGGAAGAAAGCGCAUGUCCAUGCCUUUGACACAAUGAUCCCCUCAUUUGAUCCGGACCAUGUUUUCAUUUACUAUGAUGCCAGAGAUGACUACAAGUCCUCCAAGGAGUGUGUGGGCGUGUCACGAGUACCGAUCACCUUCCUUGACUCGAUCGCCAGCACCACUGCCACACGUGUGGGUGCCUGA